AUGCAAGUGAUUUCAAUGAUAAUUAUUUUGCUAUUCUCACUUAAUCUUCAUGAAGCUAUUCCUUUACAAUCUUCAUUUUCUCCUGUUAUUGUUAUGGCAGACUAUAACAAAGAAUAUAAACAUGUCAUAAAUUCUGAUGUUGUAUAUAUGUUUUUAUACAAUGUUACAAAUAUAAGUUUAAUGGAAACAGUAAGAAUAAAUGUUGAAAGCAAUGCUAGUAACGAUGAACCUCUUAUAGUGUUUGUUCAUGGAAAUAAAGAAACCUUAUCAUGGCAAAUCCCUCUUGUAGUUAAGAGUAGACAUUUUGAUAAUUUAAUGUAUAACAAAACAAGUCGAACUAUAUGUCCAACCAAAUAUAAACAUAAAACAGUAAAAGAUGAAAAACUUAUUACUGUUACUUUAUCCACUGCUAAUAUUCAAAAUAUUUUAUUCAAGCUUAAUAUGACAAUAGAGAAUCAUUUUAAUUUAAACCUUGGAGAAAACAGAUCAAUAGAAAUUUCACCAUCUCAACCUGUUUAUUACGGUUACACUUUCUCAGAAGAAAUAGAAAGUUUUGUAAUUGUUCAUGUUAAGUCUAGUAGCGAUAUCUGUAUGAUACUUUCAAUACAAAAUAUGUCAUGUCCUGCAUUUGAUUUAGAUGACUCUAUUGAAUUUUCUGGUUUUUGGCAAACUGUGAAUCGACAGGGUGGUAUACUUGUACCAAGAGAAAAAUACCCUUUGGGCUUCUUCGUAGUACUUACAGUAAAAACUGAUGAUACAGAUUGUUAUGGAGUUCCUUUUAUGAAUCCUCUACGAGUUAAGCAUGUGAUAUUAACAAUAAAAGCUAGUAUUACCAAACGAGACUAUAUUAUUGCUUCAGGAUUAGUGGUACUUGUUAUUUUUAGUUUUUGCGUUAUCUAUGCUGUAAGCAUUGUGGUAUCAAAAAUUAAAGAAGGUAGAGAAAUUAAACAAUUAUUAUAUGAUCAGUCAGAGCAUAUUGAUGCACCUAUUCCAAGUUCUUCAACAGUAGAAGAGAUUGCUCCACAACAAUCCAUAUCUAUAGAUGAAGAUUCUUCGCUAGAUGAAGAUGAUAUUGAUGUAAUGGAAGAUGCUUUUUCUGAUAAGGAAGUUAUACGAACAAAACGUGUACUUUCGGUUUGUGAUUUAGCUCGUAAAGAUCCAAAAAUUCUUAGGCAUAAAUCUCGAUUAUAUUUCUAUUACUUGAUAACAAUUACUAUUUUCUAUACUUUACCUGCUAUACAAUUAGUGUUUACGUAUCAGUAUAUACUUGAUAUUACUGGUGAUGGAGAUAACUGUUAUUAUAAUUUUUUAUGUGCUCAUCCAAUUGGAGCACUAUCAGAUGUCAAUCAUGUAUUUUCAAAUAUUGGAUACAUUGUAUUGGGUCUUUUGUUUUUAUUUUUAACAUAUUGUCGAGAACACAAUGAAUUUGAAAGAGAAAAAAAUAAAUGUUAUGGUAUACCACAACAUUAUGGAUUAUUUUAUGCAAUGGGCACUGCGCUUGUUAUGGAGGGGAUACUCUCAGGAUGUUAUCAUAUAUGUCCAAAUCGAAGUAAUUUUCAAUUUGAUACGAGUUUUAUGUACAUCAUAACUGUGUUAUGUAUGAUUAAGAUUUAUCAAACUCGUCACCCGGAUAUAAAUGCUCGAGCAUCAGUUACAUUUGGAAUUUUGGCAUUGAUUAUCUUCAUAGGAUUGAUAGGAGAGCAGAGUACUUCAAUAUACUUUUGGAUUACUUUUACGAUCAUAUAUCUUUUAACUUGUCUAUAUAUGACCAUUCAAAUUUACUAUAUGGGACGAUGGAAAUGUAAACAAGUGGUAGUAAAAGUAAUACAGUCUUAUAAACAUGACGCUCGUUCUGGAAUUAGACAUUUGUUUCAACCUUUGUACCUGGGACGCUUUCUAAUGCUUGUUGUAGCAAAUUUAUGUAACGGUGUUCUCGCAGUAUUUGCGAAUAUGUUUCACAUACACAAUUUUCAAACAUUUUUGUUAAUUAUAUUAUUGUCCAAUUUAGUUUUAUAUAUUAUUUUUUAUAUUAUUAUGAAGAUCUUUCAUAAAGAACGAGUUCUACUUCGACCAUUGAUUUAUAUUCUUUUAUCAUUUGUGUCUUGGAGUGCUGCUUUAUAUUUUUUUAUAAACAAAACUAUUUCAUGGGAGUAUACGCCAGCACAAUCGCGUACAUAUAAUAAACCCUGCAACCUCCUAGACUUUUUUGACAACCAUGACAUUUGGCAUUUCCUGUCUGCUAUAGCGCUAUUUUUUUCCUUUAUGGUACUGCUUACCCUAGAUGAUGAUUUAAUUGAUGUACAUCGAAGUCAGAUACCAGUCUUUUAAAGACAAUGACACGAAUGAACGGAGUAUUCCGAAUUUCUUUUUUAUGUUUCUAACGAUAUGACUGCUUGUAAUAUACAUUUGACCUUGAUAUCGAUGAAUUAAAAAUAGUAUAAAAUAUAUAUGUAUGUAUAAAUGUCAUUUAGCAAC